AUAACCGUCGAUGGAAUUUUUUUUUAUCGAAUUUUAUCGUCUCCCUGUCCUCGUCACGGGAGGACUACGUGGAAUUGAAAAAUGACAAAUGCGGGAACACUGAUAAAUCCAGAAAUCAUCGUAAAUCAUGAUAAUAAUCGAGUCAUCCACUGAUUUUCCUCGAUCAUAAGUGAGAGAUUUCCCUGUGGAAUAAUUUGCUCUGACGUUUGUUCUGGGAUUCAGAAUGUCUCUGGAGGAGAACGAAAACACUUGGGUUUUAGAGUUGGAGGCAGCACUAUUAGAUACAGAGGUACCCUCAGCCUCAGAUAUCUACGCAAUAUGCAAGGGUCAGCCAGUGCCGGGGAACCUGCGACCUGAUGUGUGGCAGGCAUGCCUGGACGUCACCGACAGAGGCAAUCAGCUGAUCCACUUCAAUGAGGUAUUUGACCUUGCUGAGCAGAAUACCAUCAGAGAGGACUGCCAACAGCUGGUUGGAAAGCUUGGAAACGAUGACGAGGACAAGGUAUCAGUCGUCUCGGACCUAGAGUCAAUCCUGACAUUCUACUGCAAGAGCAGAGGGAAAACCUAUGAGAGAGGGAAUGGCUGGCUGGAGCUGCUGGGUCCACUGGUGGCUCUCAAGCUGCCUCGUUCAGCCACGUACAACUUAUUUGAGGCCAUAAGAGACGUCUACAUACCCCGAGGCGAGACAAGCAGCGCAGUUCUGAGACUUCUCCUGCUUUACCAUGAGCCAGAAUUGUGCUCUUUCCUGGACACCAAGAGAGUUUCACCGGAUCAAUACACGAAAGGUUGGGUUAACACACUAUUCGCUGGUAUCUGCUCACUACCUGCUGUUUGCACAAUGUGGGACCUCUACUUCAUGCAGGCUGAUCCAUUUUUCAUGAUGUUUUUGUCCCUGAUAAUGGUGAUAAAUGCUAGAGAGCAAAUUCUCAGUAUGAAGGACGAGGACAAGCAGAGCAUUGUGGAGACCCUCUCGGCCAUGCCAUGUGCCCUAGAAGCUGAGGAUGUCACGGAUUUCUGCUCCCUCGCCCAGUACUAUGCCAUGAAAACCCCCAAUUCGUUUAAGCAGGACUUGUACUCCAUAAUGUUUGGUGAGGGAGGUGAUGAGAAAUUCAUUUCCCAUGCUCUGUGUCUCCCUGUGUCAGCACAGGAGCUCGUUGAAAACUCGGUGGAGGCUACGAUGUCAUCUGGAGGAUCUGUGGAAUCUGUCAGGUUUUUUCUGGUGGACUGCAGACCUGCUGAGCAAUACAAUGCUGGACAUCUGCCCACUGCUUUUCAUCUGGACUGCAAUCUCAUGCUGCAGGAGCCAGCGGCCUUUGCCACUGCUGUUCAGGGGCUUCUUCAGGCACAGAGACAGGCCCUUGCGGUUGGAUCCAGUGCUGGAGGGGAACAUCUUUGCUUUCUGGGAAGUGGCAGGCAAGAGGAGGACAGGUAUACUCACAUGGUUGUCGCUUCUUUCCUCCAAAAGCAUACGCAGUAUGUCAGCAUGGUUGCUAAUGGCUAUCAAGCAAUUCACGAAUAUUUUGGGGAUGAGGUUGUGUCGAAUCUGGUGGACCACAACUCCCAACAUUGCUUAGUGUGCAAUGCAAAUCUGUCAGAGGCUAAUUCUAAUGACGCCAGUCCUGUCAAGGUCAAGAAUAAUAAUUCAGAUUUAUUUGGAAAAAUUGGACUGGCAAUGAAGCUGAAGAGCCGAGAGGUCAAGGGAAAGCUCUUUGAUUAUAUCGUCAAUACUUCAGCGAGUGAAACGACGACUGAGAAGAAACCCCCAGAGCCCAGGAGGUCCAGGCACACUGCACCAGUAUUCAGUAUAGACGAUGAUCACGAUCCUGAUGUUGUCAUGAGCACUCCGGAGAGUGAGGAGCCUGUCGAGGUUGUUUCCAUCCAGCAGUGGCUAAAGGAUCCCCAGCUGCUACAUUCCUUCAAGUGCCAGGAGGUCAAGGUUAAUGGAUAUGUUUAUGACAGCCAUCUUCUGGUAACCGACAGUCAUCUAAUAGUUCUUCGAGAGAUCCCAGGGCGUCGAGACGCUGCCCAUGUGAUUGUGAAACGUCCCCUCUCUACAAUCGUCAAAAUAACGUCCCGCAAGCGUCACCCAGACUUGAUUACAUUCAAGUACGGUAGUGCAACCCAGUACAACGAGAAUCCAGUAAUCACUGACAUGGACAGAUUUCUUAUUCCAAAUGCCAGUGAAGCAACUAAAAUGAUAUCUCAGCAAAUUCUUAAACAAUUGCAAAGUUCUGACUAAAGUGAGUGGUUUGACAAUUGAUUUUUUUGAUUUAAAUCGUAACUAAAAAUUUUUUUGAAUUGUUUACACCGGGUACUUACACUUUUCGAUUCACGAGGAUUCUGAAAGAAUUUUUUCAAUAAACGGAGUGAAGUAUUAUACGUCCAUUUAUUGCAAUCAAGUGCCAUUAACUAAUAAAUCAAAGUGAUUUUGGGACGUACUGGAUUUUCAUUUCGAUCACUUGGUCUGUGGAUAGGUAGGAGGAUACAGUUUAUUUCACUUUUUGCAAUUAAAACUAAAUGAAAAAUCGAGCAAUUCUCGACUUCAAAAGUUCAUUAACUCCACGCCUAAAAAAUAAUUAUCGAAUCAA